AGGUAGAGAUAUCAGGGACACCCGAAGCGCCUGCCGCUGCCUUUUAUGACCACGUAAAGAGGAUAAAUGAACGUACUACCUAUGCAUAUCCCGAUCCAAGUCAACCAUGAGGAGUAUUUCCUGCCAGUCAGCUCUUGUAGCUCUAGUUGUGUUUGCUCUCACUGUGAUAGGUUCCACUGAGGCCAAAGCAACACAGAAACCAAAGUACCAGUACACAAAGAAGCCCAUUCCUCAUGUCACAGCGCAAAAUCCAGUCACCACAAACAUCCCCAAGACCCUCAAGAUCAUGCCCACUCCCAAGCCUGUGCAGCCACAGCCGCAGCCCAUUACGGAGAGGUCCAUCUAUUCAAGCCACUCCUUCCCACACUCCCACAGCGAGCGCACCGAACCCCCUGGUGUUGGACCAGAGAAUUACACGCUGGAUUAUAAUGAGUGCUACUUCAAUUUUUGCGAAUGCUGUCCCCCUGAAAGGGGCCCCAGGGGUCCAAAGGGAGACAGAGGUUUGGAAGGGCCACCAGGGGAAAGAGGCCCCGCAGGAGCUCCAGGUUUACCAGGACAGCCAGGUUUCAGUGGUCCUAUGGGCUUUAAAGGAGACAAAGGGGAUAAAGGCGACAGAGGCUAUGGUGGGACUACCGGAUCACCUGGGAUUCCAGGGAAACCAGGACAAAAAGGUGAUGUUGGCUACAAAGGUGAAAAGGGUGAAAAUGGGUUACAAGGUGUCAAAGGUGAACGCGGUGAGAAAGGAGAACUGGGCCAUAAUGGGACAGCUGGUGAGAAAGGAGAACCAGGACCAGAGGGGCCAGUUGGACCACCAGGAGGGGCUCUUCAGGAGGGUCCAAAGGGAGAAAAGGGGGAUAAAGGGGAGUGUGGAAUAUUUGGAGAGAGGGGACCAAAAGGAGAGCGCGGGGAACCUGGGGCUCCCGGUGUUCCAGGUGGCAUGGGGAUUCCAGGUCUGAAUGGCAAACAUGGGGCUCCUGGCCCUGUAGGCCUGAGAGGAGAUCAAGGGCCUCCUGGACCUCCAGGAGAACCAGGGAUAAGAGGGCCUUCUGGACCAGAAGGGAUAAGAGGGAUGCCUGGGCCAAAAGGGGAUAGAGGUUACACUGGGAUGAGAGGUGAGAGGGGAUUUCGUGGAUUUAAAGGAGCAAAAGGAUGGAGUCUUCCUCAAAAACAAUCUGCAUUUAGCGUUGGAAUCUCGCCAAGAAAAUCCUUCCCUCCUUCUGGGUUUCCAAUCCGCUUUGACAAAAUAUUCUACAACGAACAGGAGCACUUCAAUGUUUCUUCCAAUCGCUUUACAUGCAUCCACCCUGGAGUCUAUGUCUUUUCCUUCCACAUCACAGUGCGUAAUCAACCACUGCGAGCCUCACUGGUGGUUAACGGGUCACGGAGGGUGAGGACGCGGGACUCGUUGUACGGACAGGACAUUGACCAAGCGUCCAGUCUGGUGCUUCUGCGUCUGGCAGCAGGGGAUCAAGUGUGGAUGGAGACACUCAGAGACUGGAAUGGGAUGACGCCAGCAACGAGGACGACAGCAUCUUCUCUGGGUUUCUGCUUUACUCUGACAAACCCUGAUACCUAUACACAGAAAAACUGCUUUCCCACUGAACUGCUCCACAAAACCCCCCAAAACUUGUGAGAGUGCUGAGCCACACAAACUUUGAUGUAUUUCUUCUUUCUCAAUUUGUAUCUUUGUAUCUUUUAAACAAAAGAAAGACUAUUUGAGGACUCCACCACAUUGAGAUGUCAAGUCCUGGUGGACUUUGGGCCUAAAACAAUAAAAAUAAAUUUCCAUUCAAUACCUCAAAGUUAACAAAAUAGCCUCAAAGGAUGCAAUGACUUUAUGAAAAGUGGUGAAAAAAGACAGUAACAAAAGAAUUUGAUGUAAUCUGCAAUAACACAACACUCAAAAUAUUUUAGGUAAUUUGAUUUCACACAUAAAAAACUCAUUUUUGUGGUAUUUAUGCAAUUUUGUGUACAGUAUGUGUUUUCUGCUGACCCAAAUUUUGGCCUACUUUAAUAAUAAUAGUUUUAUUGAAACCUUGUGAUGCUUGUAACAAAAGGAAAUAAGGUUAUAUUACAACUUUUAUCUUCAUUAAUCUUUUUUCUUAGUUGUAUGUCAGAGAGAACCUUCCUUCCUCAAACAGUGUCUACUCAUGAAACUGCGCAACAUUUUUUUUUAAAAAGUACAAUAGCACACAUUAGCCAUCCCCAAAUCAAUAAAUUAUGCACGAAAAAACUUUGUAAACUUUAUUUGAAAAUAGGUGACAAAGCAGAAUUUAGUCUUUUUAAUUAGUUUGGUUAAUUGGCUUAAUUAGUUAAAGAAAACCUAAGUUUGGGAUGAUUUACAGUACCGUACAAAAGUUAUAAAGACAGAAUCCAAAAUAAACACAUAAAUGUAGAAAGAAAUUUAUGGAAUUAACAAAAAAAAAGGCAAAAUACAACACAGUGAGAAGUUCUUCCAUGUGAAUAAAAAGCUUCUUUCAUUCUUUAACUUGUUCUUCUGGGUCUUGUUUUCCUUUUUCUUGCUCAAACCUUAUCUGGUCACCAGUAAGAGGAAGUGAUGCGGCAGUGAAACAACAAAUUUGUCGAAUUUCCAGAGAAUGUCACUGUGAACUAUCGCUACUGUUGUAAUAUUGUUACUGUUGUAAAUCUUGUUAUAAUAAGUGUAGCUUUCGGCAGUGGAGAAAUGGUCUAUA